UGAUUAUUUUUUUAAUAUUGCCUUGCAACUCGUAAAUCAACUUUUAACAGAAACUUUUCCUGGUUUGAAAAUUGAUAUGGCCUACGAGAAAUUUGAUACAAUUGGGUAUUAUCUAGGGAUAAUUUUUACGAAGAAUGAUGAAAGUGCUGACAUUACUGGUGAUUAUGUAGACAAGGAUGUGGAAGACUACGAAUACCAUGUGCCUCAGUAUUAUACCGAUAACGAAGAUGUUUGA